AUGGCGGUGGCCAGGAAGAUCAAAACUUUGCUGACGGUCAACAUCCUGGUGUUCGUGGGCAUCAUCCUCUUCUCCGUGUACUGCCGCCUGCAGGACCGCUCCGAGGAACUGGUGCAGAUUGUGCGCAGCGCUGACCGCCGGGUACGCAGCCGGCACGCCAAGGUGGGCGCGCUGGUGGACCGCGAGGCCAUCCUGCAGCGGCUUGACCACCUGGAGGAAGUGGUCUACAACCAGCUCAAUGGCCUGGCCAAGCCCAUUGGUCUGGUGGAGGGCCCAGGGGGCCUGGGCCAGGGCGGCGUGGCCGCCACACUGCGGGACGACAGCCAGGAGACAGAGGGCAAGUUCGAGGAGUACGGCUACAAUGCGCAGCUCAGCGACCGCAUCUCCCUGGACAGGAGCAUCCCCGACUACAGGCCCAAAAAGUGCCGACAGAUGAGCUACUCCCAAGACCUGCCUCAGGUCUCCGUGGUCUUCAUCUUUGUGAACGAAGCCCUGUCAGUCAUCCUGCGCUCCGUCCACAGUGUGGUCAACCACACGCCCUCCCAGCUGCUCAAGGAGGUCAUCCUGGUGGACGACAACAGUGAUAAUGUGGAGCUCAAGUUCAACCUAGACCAGUAUGUCAACAAGCGGUACCCAGGCCUGGUGAAGAUCGUGCGCAACAGUCGGCGGGAGGGCCUGAUCCGGGCGCGGCUGCAGGGCUGGAAGGCCGCCACCGCCCCUGUCGUCGGCUUCUUCGAUGCCCACGUCGAGUUCAACACAGGCUGGGCCGAGCCCGCCCUCACACGGAUCCGGGAGGACCGCCGGCGCAUCAUCCUGCCAGCCAUCGACAACAUUAAGUACAGCACGUUCGAGGUGCAGCAGUAUGCCAACGCGGCCCACGGCUACAACUGGGGCCUCUGGUGCAUGUACAUCAUCCCGCCCCAGGACUGGCUGGACCGUGGCGAUGAAUCGGCGCCCAUCAGGACCCCUGCCAUGAUCGGCUGCUCUUUCGUGGUGGACCGAGAGUAUUUUGGGGAUAUUGGCCUGCUGGACCCAGGCAUGGAGGUGUAUGGUGGGGAGAACAUUGAGCUGGGCAUGCGGGUGUGGCAGUGUGGUGGCAGCAUGGAGGUGCUGCCCUGCUCUCGCGUGGCCCACAUUGAGCGCACCAAGAAGCCCUACAACAACGACAUCGACUAUUACGCAAAGCGCAAUGCGCUGCGGGCGGCCGAGGUGUGGAUGGACGACUUCAAGUCCCACGUGUACAUGGCCUGGAACAUCCCCAUGACGAACCCAGGGGUGGACUUCGGGGAUGUGUCUGAAAGGUUGGCCCUGCGCCAGAGGCUGAAAUGUCGGAGCUUCAAGUGGUACUUGGAGAACGUGUACCCAGAGAUGAGGGUCUACAACGACACCCUCACAUACGGAGAGGUGAGAAACAGCAAAGCCAGUGGCUACUGCUUGGACCAGGGUGCAGAAGAUGACGACCGAGCAAUCCUCUACCCCUGCCAUGGGAUGUCCUCCCAGCUGGUACGGUACAGCGCCGACGGCCUCCUGCAGCUGGGCCCCCUGGGCUCCACGGCCUUCCUGCCCGACUCCAAGUGUCUGGUGGAUGACGGCAGGGGCCGCACACCCACCCUGAGGAAGUGUGAGGACGUGGCUCGGCCGACGCAGCGGCUGUGGGACUUCACCCAGAGUGGCCCCAUUGUGAGCCGAGACACGGGCCGGUGCCUGGAGGUGGAAAUGUCCAAAGAUGCCAACUUCGGGCUCCGGCUGGUGGUGCAGAGGUGCUCGGGGCAGAAGUGGAUGAUCAGAAACUGGAUCAAACACGGGCGGCACUGA